CUCCGUGGCUUUAAUCACCCCCUCCGCACCGCAGCCGCAGAAGCUCAAACAAUAAAGAAAAACGAAAAUUUACCUUUCCCACAUUUUCCUUUCCAAUUCCCAUCCAAGCCAAACACCCCCUCUAGCCCAGCCUCUCCCUCAGCUUCUUCCUAUCGCUCUCGCUCUUCUAUCUGCGUGUUAAUCUGCAAACUCUCCGUUUUCGAUUUUGCUUCCUUCGCGGUUUCUCCCGUGUUGGUCUGCGCGCGCUCCGGCAAGCAAUCAGCUAUGUUCUCCGGUUUGGAUUGCUAGGAUUUCUUCCUCCCGAUUGAUAAAAGAGGCGUUCGAUAGUCAUUGGAAAAUGAACUCCGCCGCGAACGGAGAUGGCGAAUUGGAUGAAAAGCCGAUUAAUAUGGAAGAGGACGAACGGCGGGAAGAAGCAGGAGCGGCGGGUAGGGUUUCGGAAACGGACGGUGCGGCCGGAGCAUCGGGCACGGAGGAUAGUGCUAGGGUUUUAGAGGGCGAAGGAUCUGAGCUUCGAGUUCGUGGUGGGGUAGACAGUGAAAUGGUGCAAGAGUCUAGGGUUUUAGAGGUGAAGAACGAGAGAAAUGAGGGGUUGAAUGACGACUCGGGCGCUCCAGACGAUUCAGAGGUGGACGACGAGGAGGAGGAGGAAGAAGAAGAAGAUCAGCAGACGGAGAAUUCAUCGGCCGGCGAGGGGAAAGGUGAGGUUUACACGUCCUUGUUGUCUGAAUUCGAAGCUUUCGUUGCUAAUGAGAAGAAUGGCGCCAUGCUUGGGACGUCUAGGGCACUGAGUUUCGGAUUCGAUGUUGGUGAUAUGGUGUGGGGGAAAGUGAAGUCGCAUCCAUGGUGGCCAGGCCACAUUUUCAAUGAAGCUUUUGCAACUUCCUCUGUACGCCGCACGAGGAGGGAAGGCCAUGUUCUCGUUGCAUUCUUUGGGGAUAGCAGCUAUGGCUGGUUCGAUCCAGCUGAGCUCAUCCCGUUUGAGCCUCAUUUGGCUGAGAAAUCGCAGCAAACAAGCUCAAGAACCUUUACAAAAGCAGUAGAAGAGGCGGUAGAUGAGGCGAGUCGUAGGUGUGGGCUUGCUCUGGUUUGUAGGUGUAGAAAUAAGUGUAAUUUUAGGUCAACCAACAUUUCGGGUUAUUUUGAAGUUGAUGUACCAGACUAUGAGGCAAAUGCAGUGUACUCUGCAGCUCAGAUUCAGAAGGCAAGAGAUGGGUUUAAGCCGAGCGUUACACUUGCCUUCCUCAAGAGAUUGGCUCGUGAUCCAGUUGGUGGUGAUCCACUAUCUAUUGAUUACAUUGGCAACAAAGCUACUGCUGUCUCUUUGAGGAGAACCUUGUUUGAAGAGUUUGAUGAGACAUAUGGGCAGGCAUUUGGAGCUCCGCAUGCUCGGGGUUCUGAUGAAGCGCGCAAAGUAUUGGAUCAUCCUGUUAAAGGGCGAACUCGGGCUCCUUUGAGCGGUCCACUGGUGAUAGCUGAAGCUCUAAGUGGUGGAAAUAAGAGUUCCAAAAAGCAUAUGAAAGUCAAGGACCAUUCCAAAAAAGAUAAGUAUCUCUUCAAGCGUAGAGAUGAACCGAGUGAAUCGAGAACCCAUCCAAUUGGUCAAAUGGAAGCAACCCCUUCAGUCCCAGCAGCCUAUGUAGAGGGGACUUCAGUUGUAGAAGCCAGUGAUUUCGUGUUACAGAAAAGAGCACCGCCGCAAUCAUCAUCUGCUCCUGAACUUGAAGCACAGGUGAAUACUAGCAACGAAAAUCGGCUUGCCAGUGAAGAUGCUUCUGUGAAAGAAGCAGCCAUGUCCGACCAUGUUUCGGAAAACCUCGAUGCCCAAGCUACUGCAGGUCUGCCCGGUUCGCAUGGUUCAUCAUCAUCUUCCCAGCAAGUAGCCGAGGCUGUGAUGGAAAUCAAGUAUGAAGAGACCACUAAAGCAUUAGGCCCCACUGAUAGUGCUCAGGAUUCUCCGGGAGAGGUGAAGCCUCCUGUUGGGGCUAGCAUCGAGGGGAAAGUGAAGAAGAAGAAGGCCAAAAUUCUCAAACGUCCUCUUCCGGAUGGAAGCUCUGAAGAAACUAUUAUGGUAGUGAAAAAGAAGAAGAAGAAAGACACCGGUUCAGAGACUGCCACUGAACCUCUCAAGAAAGCUUUCUCCAAUGAAAAGAAGAUGAAAAAACCUACAGGGAAAAAAUCUGGCCUUAUCAGUUUGCCUCCCAAGGAUGAUUCUCGAGUAAACAAUCCCAAUGAGGUUGAGCUUCCACAACUACUAAAGGGUUUGCAUACCUUGGCUAUCAACCCCUUCCAUGGCGCACAGAUCACUCGAUCAGCAGCCGCUCUACAGUUUUUCCUACGAUUCAGAUCUCUGGUCUAUCAGAAAAGCUUGGCCGUCUCCCCUCCACAGUCCGAGACCGAGCCUUCCGUCGAAGCUCCACCUCGUGCUUCGAAAUCUGUGGGGACCACCAGUGCAGAUGGUUCUUCUCAGCAACGUGUCAAGUUGAGACCUGAAGAUCCAGCGAAAUCCGGAAGAAAACGGCUGCCGAGCGAUCGCCAGGAGGAAAUGGCUGCGAAGAAGUCGCAGAAGGUGGGUCAGAUAAAGUCCAUGGCAGCAGCUGCCGCAGAGAAGAAAACUGGUGGUGGUGGUGGUCAGCAGAGAUCCUGGGAAAGUCAGCGACCACCACCAGAAGGAAAGUCAGCGAAGGCUACGGCACCAGUCGUCGAGCCGACCAUGCUGGUGAUGAAGUUCCCACCGCGGACGAAUCUCCCAUCUGUCGCCGAGCUCAAGGCCAGGUUCGCCCGGUUCGGGUCAAUAGAUCCAUCAGCGAUCCGCGUGUUCUGGAAGUCUUCGACGUGUCGGGUGGUGUUCCGGUACAGGCAAGAUGCAGAGGCGGCACUCAAGUAUGCUAACAGAAACAGCUACUUGUUCGGAAAUGUCGACGUCAAGUACAGUCUCCGUGACGUGCUGGGGGCCGAAGGCGGAGGUCCUGAAUCCGAGAAGGAUGUUGUCGUUGAGCGGCAGCCGCUGUACCAGCCUGUUCUGCGGCAGUCCAACGUGCAGCUGAAGUCCAUACUGAAGAAAUCCAACGGCGACGAACCGGCCGGAGGGGGGCAAGGCAACGCGGGUGGCGGUGGGAACGGGAAUGGCGGGAGAGGAACGCCGCGCGUGAAGUUCAUGUUGGGGGGAGAAGAUAACAUUGGUGGCCGGAGCGAGCCUCAGCCGGCGGCGGUGAUGGGUGGUGGUAGUAGCAGUAGAAACAACUUCAACAACAGCAACCAUGCUAUCAAUACUACUACUAGUGUUGCAAUGGAUGUUAAUAGUAAGAGCUUUCAUCAAAAGGCUAUUCUUCCUCUUCCUCCAUCUACAUCGCCUCCUUUACUCCCUCUCCCACCUCAAUUUGCGAAAGAUCCAUCCAUUAUUAGCACUAGCUCUGGCAAUAGUACUAGUAGUAGUAAUUUGCAAGAGAGUGAAGCAGUAGUAGUUGACAGGAACUUGCAUCGUCAGAAUGCCAAUAAUGCUCCUCCUUCUGGGCCGGUGGAGGCUGUCGGGCUGCGGCCGCCGCCGCGACGACAGGGUGUAGAUAUAUCGCAGCAGAUGCUGAGCCUUUUGGAGAGGUGCAAUGAGGUGGUGGUCGGGGUUACUGGGGUGCUCGGCUACGUGCCUUAUCAUCCACUUUGAAGAGAAAUUUGCACUUCGGCUGGACGGUUGUUAGUAGUAUCAUCAAUGGUGAGAUGUAGUUUUUCGGUUUCGUUUUCUUUUUUUUAUUUUUCAGUUUCUUGUUUUUGCUAGUUAGGGGGAGGAGGGUGCUUUUCUUAUAUUUGUUCUGGGAAGGUAGGAGGGUUGAUAUAUGUCUGUUUCAAGAUGUGUAUGUAAACGCCAUUGUGAAUGGCCACUUCCACUCUCAUUUGCACCUUUGGUUUCUUGGUUUGGGUGGCUUAAAAGAUUCUUGUUUAAUUUCUGUUUAAGCUUUUUCUUGGUUCAUUGGCCAUCGGUACAAAUCGAUACCGUAAGUAAGUACUAUAUUGCGCACACUAGAGAUAUAUUGUGGACACUAGUAACGACUAACGAUAGAGUCAACAAGGAGGUAAAAUGGUUCGAGAAUCUAAAAAAUUCCGAGUAGGGUGGCCAUGGUCGGGCCCAAUUCGAAAUUGGAUCAAUGGAUGAAAAUUGAAAAUGAGAAAUGUGAAGAGAAAUUGGAAGUGG